AUGGCCGACAUAGGAUCCUUACUCACGGCUAUCCCGCCGGUGACACGUCUCAUACUGGUCGCUACGGGUCUCAUCACCUUGCCGACUCUACUUGGCGUAUUAUCUCCAGCAGAUGUAGCCUUGUCAUGGUGGAAAGUCACCAAGCAUUAUGAGAUAUGGCGGCCCUUCACCAACUUCUUCUUCGGCGGUGCUGGCUUUCCUCUGGUAUACGAUGUCUUCCUGAUCUAUCGAAACUCAUCAGCAAUGGAGCGGGAUGUCUACUUCUCAAAUACGGCCGAGUAUGCGUGGAUGCAUAUAAUGCUAGCUACAGGGAUUAUGUUGCUGAACGUCCCAUUCGGCUUCCCCUUCCUUUUUCACUCGCUCCUCGCAGCGCAGACGUAUAUUUGGUGCCGGGCAAACGCGACGCUCAAGGUGUCUAUCUUCGGACUCAUCACUAUCCCCACUAGCUUAUUGCCAUUUAUCAACAUCCUCCUCGACCUCGUUAUCGGCGGCCUCGGUAAGGCGCUCUGUGGACUCAUCGGCCUUCUCGUCGCUCACGCCUGGUGGUUCCUCUCGACCUUCCUCCCUCUACACGCCCCCACCCGUCUCCGACGUAGAAACCCCCUCGCUACGCCCAUCCGCUUUCAAGCUCUUUUCCCCCGCUCGACCUCGACCGCAUUUGGAAGUCGCUCAAGCGGUCCUGUCAAAGCCCCGGCGGCUGGACCCGCAGGAACGGCUCGGUCCGAGGCGGUGGAUGCUGUGCGUCACAGAUGGGGAGGUGGUAACAAGCUCGGCGGGUCGACAUUGUGA